AUGCCUAUUCCGGAUUAUGGUGCAUCCAGACUUACAUCUAAUAGACUUAUAUAUGAAGAACUUUCAUAUGAUCGUGAAGCGCAAAGGCUUGAGAAUGAACAAUUAGUUAGCCAAUUAACAGACGAGCAGCAACAUAUCUACAACGCAAUUAUGGCAGAUGUUGAUGCAAAGGCAGGAGGGUUGUUUUUUGUGUAUGGUUAUGGAGGAACUGGUAAGACUUUUCUAUGGCGAGCACUUUCUUCAUGCAUAAGAUCAAGAGGUAAAAUUGUUCUAAAUGUUGCAUCUAGCGGUAUAGCAUCAUUACUGCUACCUGGUGGACGUACAGCCCACUCGAGGUUUGCUAUACCUAUCAACAUAAAUGAGGACUCCACUUGCAACAUUAAACAAGGUAGUCCAUUGGCAGUAUUAAUCGUGCGUUGCAGUCUUAUCAUUUGGGAUGAAGCUCCUAUGAUGCACAAACAUUGCUUCGAAGCAUUGGACAAGACAAUGAGAGAUUUGCUAAGGUUUCAAAAUCCUGGUAGUUUGGAAAUGACCUUCGGUGGGAAGACAGUUGUACUUGGUGGAGACUUUAGGCAAAUAUUUCCAGUUAUUCCAAAGGGGACAAGGCAAGAUAUUAUCGGAGCAACAAUCAAUUCAUCGUACUUAUGGAAAAAUUGUAGAGUAUUGAGGUUAACAAAAAAUCUUCGGUUGCGUAACAUCCAAGAUGAUGUGGACUAUCACGAAGUAGAAGAUUUCGCCAAGUGGAUAACUGAGAUUGGUGACGGUGUUGUAGGGAUAGCAAAUGAUAUUGAUUGCGAUAUAUCUAUACCGCAACAGAAUGUAUUGCACUGUGGGGAUGAUCCGAUUGCUACAAUAGUUGAAUCUACGUUCCCUAAUUACCGUAGUGCAAACUAUGAUCAAUCUGUUCUUGAAAACCGUGCUAUUUUAGCUCCAACAUUGGAUGUGGUUCACAUCAUUAAUGAGUAUAUGAAUGGAAUGAAUGAAUCCGAAGGUAGAACAUAUUUGAGUUGUGAUUCAGUGUACAAGUCCGAUUCAAAUGUGGAUAUGUUGUCAGACUUGCACACACCUGAAUUCUUGAAUGGAAUCAAAUGCUCGGGUAUUCCAAACCAUUGUCUUACACUAAAGGUAGGCUCUCCAGUGAAGUUGUUAAGAAACAUUGACCAUUCAUUAGGCCUUUGUAAUGGUACUCGGUUGAUUAUUACCAAAUUGGCUGAUUGGGUUAUAGAAGCGAAGAUUAUGUGCGGAGCUCAUAUAGGAAUAAAAGUUUUAGUUCCUCGAAUGUCACUAACACCUUCAGAUCCAAGACUACCAUUCAAAUUUUAG